UGCUAGGCGUGCUGUCCUGGCGUCCUGUCUGUCCGUCCGAUUGCGACACGAUCAGGGAGGCCACGAAGGGGCCGUCAGUACUCGGUCGCGGUCGCAUAGACGCGGCCUCGGCAUGAAGUCCCGCAGGGACAAGCUGCACAUCCCGGCGUUGACCCUCGAUCUGUCUCCAAGCAGCCAGAGCCCGUCCUUGCUGAGUCCCAGCAGCCCCUGCAGCCCCUGCAGCCCCUCGCUGGGCCUGCACCCCUGGAGCUGCCGCAGCGGGAACCGCAAGAGCCUGGUGGUAGGAACGCCCUCACCCACCCUUUCUCGGCCCCUGUCACCACUGUCCAUCCCAACAGCAGGCAGCAGCCCCUUAGAUAGUCCUCGGAAUUUCUCAGCUGCCUCUGCCAUCAACUUCCCUUUCGCACGGAGGGCCGACGGCAGAAGAUGGUCCCUCGCGUCGCUCCCAUCUUCUGGCUAUGGAACCAACACGCCCAGCUCCACUGUCUCGUCGAGCUCAUCCUCUCGGGAGCGCCUCCACCAGCUUCCUUUCCAGCCGACACCGGACGAACUCUGCUUCCUGUCCAAGCAUUUCCGCAGCUCAGACAGUGUGGCUGAUGAGGAGGGCGGCCACCGCUCACCUCGCCUCCGCCCCCGCUCCCGCAGCCUCAGCCCUGGACGCACCACAGGGACCUUCGACAAUGAGAUCGUAAUGAUGAAUCAUGUGUACCGGGAGAGAUUCCCCAAGGCCACAGCACAGAUGGAGGGCCGUCUGCAGGAGUUCCUGGCCGCCUUCUCGCCUGGCGCCCGGCUGGCACUGGCUGACGGCGUCCUGGGUUUCAUCCACCACCAAAUCAUCGAGCUGGCCCGCGACUGCCUGGCCAAGUCUGGAGAGGCGCUUGUCACCUCCCGCUACUUCCUGGAGAUGCAGGAGAAGCUGGAGCGGCUGCUGCAGGAUGCCCACGAGCGCUCAGACAGUGAGGAAGUUGGCUUCAUUGUCCAGCUCGUCCGGAAGCUGCUGAUCAUCAUUUCGCGGCCAGCAAGGCUCCUCGAGUGCCUGGAGUUUGACCCCGAGGAGUUUUACCACCUGCUGGAGGCUGCCGAGGGCCAGGCCCGAGAGGGCCAGGGCAUCAAGACUGACCUGCCACAGUACAUCAUUGGGCAGCUGGGCCUGGCUAAGGAUCCACUCCAGGAGAUGGUGCCUCUGAGUCACCUGGACGACAGUGGAGGACAGCCGCCAGCGCCCGAGGACGCCCCCGAGAGUCGUGCCCUGGUCGGCCCUUCACGGAGGAAGCCGUGUGAGAGCGACUUCGAGACUAUCAAGCUCAUUAGCAAUGGGGCCUAUGGGGCCGUCUACCUGGUGCGGCACCGGGAAACGAGGCAGCGUUUUGCCAUCAAGAAGAUCAACAAGCAGAACCUGAUGCUGCGCAACCAGAUCCAGCAGGUCUUCGUGGAGCGCGACAUCCUCACCUUCGCCGAGAACCCAUUCGUGGUCAGCAUGUUCUGCUCAUUCGAGACCCGGCGCCACUUGUGCAUGGUCAUGGAGUAUGUGGAAGGUGGUGACUGUGCCACGCUCCUGAAGAACAUGGGCCCGCUGCCUGUGGACAUGGCCCGCAUGUACUUCGCCGAGACGGUGCUGGCACUGGAAUACCUGCACAACUAUGGCAUCGUCCACCGCGACCUCAAGCCUGACAACCUGCUCAUCACCUCGCUUGGCCACAUCAAGCUCACUGACUUCGGCCUGUCUAAGAUUGGGCUCAUGAGUAUGGCCACCAACCUCUACGAAGGCCACAUCGAGAAAGACACCCGGGAGUUCGUGGACAAGCAGGUUUGCGGGACGCCAGAGUACAUCGCCCCCGAGGUGAUCUUCCGCCAGGGCUACGGGAAGCCAGUGGACUGGUGGGCCAUGGGCGUCGUCCUCUAUGAAUUCCUGGUGGGCUGCGUGCCCUUCUUCGGCGAUACCCCCGAGGAACUCUUUGGCCAGGUGGUCAGUGACGAGAUCAUGUGGCCAGAGGGAGAGGAGGCCCUCCCAGCCGAUGCCCAGGACCUUAUCACCAGGCUGCUCCGACAGAGCCCACUCGACCGCCUGGGCACUGGAGGCACCCAUGAGGUCAAGCAACACCCGUUCUUCUGGACGCUGGACUGGGCCGGGCUUCUGCGUCACAAGGCCGAGUUCGUGCCGCAGCUUGAAGCAGAGGAUGACACCAGCUACUUCGACACCCGCUCGGAACGUUACCGCCACCUGGGCUCUGAAGAUGACGAGACUAAUGAUGAGGAGUCAUCCGCAGAGAUCCCCCAGUUCUCGUCCUGUUCCCACCGCUUCAGCAAGGUCUAUAGCAGCUCUGAGUUCCUGGCCGCCCAGCCCACCCCAACUUUCGCUGAACGGAGCUUCAGUGAGGACCGGGAGGAAGGGUGGGAACGCAGCAACGAGGGGGACUAUGGGCGCCGGCUGAGCACCACCGAGGUCCGGCUGAGAUCCUGCACAUCUUCUGGUUCAUCUUGCCACUCAUCCUCCUCCCAGCCUGAGCGGGGCCCCAGCCCAUCUCUCCUGAACACCAUCAGCCUGGACACAAUGCCCAAGUUUGCCUUCUCAUCAGAGGAUGAGGGAGCUGGCCCUGGUCCUGUGGGCCCCAAAAGGCCCAUCUUCAUUCUGGGGGAGCCCGAUGCUCCCCCAGAAGCCACCCCAGUGAUACCCAAGCCCUCCAGCCUUUCUGCUGACACCGCCGCCCUCAGCCAUGCGCGCCUGCGAAGCAACAGCACCGGUGCACGACACUCCACGCCACGGGCCCUGGAUGCCGGCCGGGGCCGCCGCCUCGGGAGCUCGAGGGACUCUGCCCCGGAGAAAUCCAGGACCUCCCCCAGCGGAGGCCGUGUGCCCAAGUCAGCCUCGGUGUCUGCCCUGUCGCUCAUCAUCACCACAGAUGAUGGCAGCGGUGGCCCCCUCAUGAGCCCCCUGUCCCCACGCUCACUGUCCUCUAACCCAUCGUCCCGCGACUCCUCUCCAAGCCGAGACCCUUCCCCUGUGUGUGGCAGCCUGCGGCCGCCCAUCGUCAUCCACAGCUCAGGCAAGAAGUACGGCUUCAACCUGCGGGCGAUCCGCGUCUACAUGGGCGACAGUGACGUCUACACCGUGCACCACGUGGUGUGGAGUGUGGAGGAAGGAAGCCCCGCCCAGGAGGCAACCCCUGUGAGUGGGGAGGGCUCACUGGCUAGGAGGCACACUGGCGACCCUUCGCCAUCAUUCCUGCAGAGUGGCAACAAGAUCGCCCUUCGGACCACAGCGCUGGAGAACACGUCCAUCAAGGUGGGCCCCGCCCGGAAGAACGUGACCAAGGGCCGCAUGGCGCGCAGGAGCAAGCGGAGUCGCCGGCGGGAGACUCAGGACCGGCGGAAAUCGCUCUUCAAGAAGAUCUCAAAACAGUCCUCUGUGCUGCACACCAGCCGCAGCUUCUCCUCCGGUCUCCACCAGUCCCUGUCGUCCAGUGAAAGCCUCCCAGGCUCCCCCACCCACAGCCUGUCCCCCAGCCCCACCACACCCUGCCGCAGCCCGGCUCCCGAUGCCCCAGCAGACACAGCGUCUCCACCCAGCAUAUCCCCAAGCUCCAGCAGCCCUGCAUCUCCAGCUGCCGCUGGCCACACCCGCCCCAGCUCCCUGCACGGCCUGGCCGCCAAGCUCGGGCCACCUCGCCCCAAAGCCGGCCGCCGCAAGUCCACCAGCAGCAUCCCGCCCUCCCCGCUGGCCUGCCCACCUGUGCCCGCGCCCCCACCCCGCUCACCCUCACCCCUGCCAGGGCACCCACCCGUGCCUGCCCGAUCCCCAAGGCUGCGCCGAGGCCAGUCAGCUGACAAGCUGGGUACAGGUGAGCGACUGGACGGGGAUCUGGGGCGCCGCAGCCGCGGGCCGGACUCUGAGCUGGUGAUCAUGCGACGGCUGCAUCUGUCUGAGCGCCGAGACUCCUUCAAGAAGCAAGAGGCCGUGCAGGAGGUGAGCUUUGAUGAGCCACUGGAAGAAGCCACUGGGCCACCCACCUUGGUGCCGCAGAUUGCCGUGGAGGGUGCUGAGGCUGUGUCAGGAGCCUUUGGACCCUCUGGGAAAGACUAAUCUACCUGGCCUCCCCCUGGCCUGGCAGUCAAUGCGUUUUCCGUGGAAUGUGUUUUCCAUAACUGACACCCGGAUGGAGAGUGAGCCACCAGCCUUUGACACCUGAAAGAAGAGAAGCCACCGCAGAUCUUGGCGGAAGGCGGAGACAGUGCCUCCUUCGUGUUUUGGAGCUGGUCGAUCAGGGGCCCGUAGGGGCAGGAAUGGGAGACCAGGGCGGCAUUGUAAAUAGCAGCAAAUCCCUGCAACUAAUUUAUUACUUUUUAUAAGCGAUAGUCAGACUGAGUCGCCACCCUUAAGGCGGCUGCCCGGGUCUUGCCCCAGGCACCUGGGACCCAUUUGUAAACCCUGCCCACCUGGGCUGAGAAGGAAGCACUUUGGACAAGUCAACACGUGUUCGUGUUUUAUGGUUUUCUGUUCUUUUAAAGUUUUGUAUGUGUGUGUUACUCUAUCCCAUCCCUGACUCAAGACCCAUACAUUUGAAGGGAUGCAGCCUAGCUUAUCAGUCCAGGCCCAGUUUGGAUGACUUGGAGAGUCUGUAAACAAUUCCCCUCCACCACAAAACAAAGUAAUUCUGGUGAUGGACUGGAUUCUGCAGGCUACUUCCCACCAUCAUGGCCUCCAUCUCUCGGCCAGCCUUGCUAGAGUCUGCCUCCAGUCCUAUAGGCUUAGGGGUUGUGGGAACUAGGGCUUCGAUGUAUGAGUAGAAGUUCACUAAACAUAGACAGAGGAGUCAUCCACCUCACAGGCAGACACUGUGCCCCAGGAGGCAGAGGCCUCAAAGGGCACUGCCAGUAGGGGAAGAAUGUCCACCCUGGACACAAGGUUUUUUUGUAUUUGAUGCCUACCAGGGUGAGAACUUGACCAUGAUGUGUCUGAAACACCCCCUGGGAAGUGCCCUCGAUAUGUCAGAGCCUUGUUGGGAUGGAAUCUGAAUAAGAAAAUCCAACUGGGGGCAGUGAGGCCCCAGUUGAAAUCUUGGCUUCACUGGCUCUGGGAAAAUGGCUUCCCCACUCUGUGCCUCAGUCUCCUUGUGUUUACAAAACUAAUACUAAUGACUAUUUAUUAAGCACCUACUGUAUGCCAAGCGCUUUUACUUGUGGCUUCUCCCUCAGUCAGCCUUGAGAAGGCUGGAGGUAGUGUUGUCCUCCCCAUAACUAAGGCCUGGCAAGGGGUGGAGACAUGCCCCACGCUUUCCUGGUAAGAGUCAUGCAGCCAGCCCCUGUCCUGGGCAUUGUCAAGGGAGCUGUGGAGAAUCUGUUGUCAGAUACAGCAGACUCCAGCUCCAACCCUCUCCCCUGAAAUGCUGUGUGACCCACCGGGCAUCUCAGAGCCUCCGUUUUCAUUGGGAGAUGGCUAACAUGACGGCUGUGUCCCACAUGACAAGGGCACUUUGCAGGCUCUGGAGCCCACUCUGCGUUCCUUCCGGAGACACCCACACAGCACUGCCUGGUGGUGGAGCUAGAUCAAGGCUGUGCAUGACUUUUGCUCCCGCCUUCCAUCCUGGAGCUGACAGUGAAUAAAAGCUCACAUUUACAAAGAGGA